AUGCAGUCUCGCACUUCGGACUAUUCGACCACACUCACUGCUCUCAUCGCACCCACAAUCACAGAUAGCCAACCAAGUCUGGCAGUUAAUGUAGCCGAUUGGAACAUUCCCUCCAACAUUCAGCUUGCCGAUCCCGCAUUCUUUAAUCCUCAGCGAGUAUAUCUCCUCAUUGGCGAGACCAUAUUCUAUGACCUUCUCUGCGUAGGGCAAAUCAAGCUCAUAGAUGGAUUGCCUCUUCUGCAGAAGACCCGGCUUGGGUGGAUCGUAUCUGGUGGUGGACAGAGGGUAUCAAGCUCGUCGCUUUCGGCAACCCAAAAUUCUCCGGAUUCGGAGGAUAGAAUGAAUGCAAGGUUGGAUCGAACUCUUCGUAUGUUUUGGGAAGUUGAGAAUUGUGCGGAGGCUAGCUUGAGUACAAAGGAAGAAGUGGAUUGUGAGGUGCAUUUCGUAAGCCACUUUUCACGGUUGCCAUCAGGGGAGUACUCUGUUCGACUGCCUUUAAAGCAUGAUUCUGAUCACUUGGGAGAGUCCUAUACUCAGGCGUAUCGACGAUUUCUCAGCUUGGAGCGAAAACAGGAUCGUAAUCCCGCGCUCAAGGAGCGUUACUCAGCUUUUAUGAAGGAGUAUACUGAUUUAGAGCAUAUGUCCAAAGUCCAUCCUGACUCACGUAGCCUCUGCAAGUAUUUUCUGCCUCAUCACUGCGUUUUAAAGGAGGAUAGUACCACGACAAAGCUCCGUGUCGUUUUCGAUGUAGCUACAUCAACUGGAUGCUCCUUAAAUGAUGUGAUGAUGACAGGUCCUGUUAUUCAGCCAGCAUUGUUUAACAUACUGAUCCGGUUCCGCACAUAUCCCGUCGCUCUCACUGGUGACAUUUGUAAAAUGUGCCGCUGCGUAAAGGUAUCUCCGCCCGAAAAUUGUCUCCAGUGUAUCCUAUGGCGAGAUUCCAUCCAGUCCGAGGUUCAGGUCUACACAUUAGACACCGUCACAUACGGUACGAGGGCUGCAUCGUUUUUAGCGGUCCGCGCAAUGCACCAGCUGGCCAUCGACGAGAGUAAUCCCUACCCUCUUGGCUCAGCUGCUCUGCAACAGGAGUUCUAUGUUGAUGAUCUCAUCUCUGGCGGCAACUCAGUCGCAGAGGUCAUGGAAAAGAUGCGCCAAACUUCAAGUCUACUGUCUUGCGGUAACUUUAAGCUUAGAAAAUGGUGCUCGAGUAAUCAGGAGGUGCUUGAUGGAAAUCCGGAGGACGACGUGGAGAAAUUUCUACGGUUUCAUGAUGGAAGCGACAUUACCAAAACUCUUCGUUUAGCUUGGGACCCUGCGUCGGAUCAGCUGCUGUUUGCCUUGUCCGCGCUGGACUCAAAUUCAAGGCCCUCCAAGCGGUCGGUUUUGUCAACUAUUGCGCGUUUCUACGACCCUCUUGGAUUGAUUAAUCCUGUUAUUGUCAGGUGCAAGAUCUUUCUUCAGUAG